AUGUCUGUUCGUUCGGAAGGCUCUUACGGCCUGAGCUACCAUACAUCUCUGAACGAUGUGGUUCAAACGCCUAGCGAAUACUCCCAUUCCAGGCUUUCCUCGAACUCUUCGACGGCAAACUCGGUCCAUAGGGACUCGUGGUCUAGGGAUUUUCGUGGCUCUGCUCAGACUGACUCCAUGGGGAAGCUUUCUACAAACUUCCUGGGCACGGUUACCUCGUCCAACACUGCUAAAGAUUACUUCCCGCUGCCUACUUCAGAGCAUCCCAAGAGAAAGCGCCUUGUUACCAAGGAGCAAAUGCUUGCCUAUAGAACUUAUGUUAAUGAUAUCAACUACACGAAGGGUCAGUCCGAAUAUUUGACCAACAGAGGCCUGAGGCUGCCACAGGAAGAUAGAACCGCUGAUUAUCUCCAGGUAACGCCAAAUAUCGUCCCUGGCUAUACUUUGACUUCCCAACUUUCGCUGCCUAGCUCAACACUGUUAUUCUUUUAUGCUACUGAUGAUUCUAACGAUGCGCUGUAUAUCAUUCGUCUUUCGCCUAAUUUUGUGGAAUCGGUUCCUGUUGCUCGCUUUUUGAACGAAUGGUACCUUACUUCAUGCUCAAACCCGCCACUUCAUCAUAGACCCUGGUGUAACCACCUUGCAGCCAACAAAUAUGUGCCUCUUGGAAGGUUUAACUUACUAAGCGAUGAAUCUCGCGAGAACUUACGUACUCCAAUUACCCUACCAAAAGGCCUACCGGGUGUCUUAUACCCGCUAGAGGUAUUCAACGUCCACCUGAACAGCGAUGAUGUGCACCAGCGCCGUAUCGGGUUUGUCUACCCUAACUAUGACUACAAAACGAUUAAGGAAUUUCACGCAGAUAAACCUAUCGAGAAGACUAACAGCGAUAAUAGCUCCCUUAACUGCAGCAUACGUUCAAUGAUUUCGGAAAUGUCUAUUGGUGAGAAGUCCCUGAACCGUAAUAUCACGAGAAACUUAGGUACCGGUGUCUUUGACGACUUGGCAAACAGAGUCAGCCAGCAACCUAAGGAUAGAAUUUCCAUCAUCAGUAUCUUGACUGAUAUGAUCUCUGUGGCUACAACGUUGGCUGUGUGUCACGAGUUGGGUAUCGUCCAUAAUGCUAUCACAAGCAACUCUAUCUUGAGAGCUGCUAACUUGCCGGGUCAUUUGGAUCCCAAGGAACACACAGUUGUUUUGACAGGAUGGGAUUUUGCUUUCUCUAUUUGCGUCGAAGAUUCGACUUCUAGUUAUAGGAAAAGCAAUAUUGCUGACAUUCCAGACUUUUUGCCUUACAUGUCUCCAGAGAAUUCUGGCGAGACGACUUGUUUGGUCGACUAUAGAACUGAUUUUUACUCCGCAGGUAUUGUGCUUUACGAAUUGAUUGUGGGAUGCCAACCGUUUCAAUCAGAUAACCCAGUUAGGAUCAGAAAAAUGCAUAUUUCUCAAAGGGCUAUCCCGCCUCUGAUCUUGGGCCAGGGUUGGAUUAGUGAAGACUUGAACGAUAUUAUCAUGAAAUGCUUGGAGAAAGACCCCGCGGAUAGAUACAACAAUGCUCAUGCCUUGAUCAGUGAUUUGAAGGAAGUCAGGAAUGAUUACUUAAGGUUGCAUAACAUGGAGCGUGGCGAGGAUGACCUGGAGCUACCACUCAUUUACGAUAAUGUGGAGUUACACAAGGAUCGCAAUGCUAUUCCCUUACUUCAUAGCACUAUUGCUAAGUUGAAAGAGACGCCUUGGCGUGAACAAGUUUUCAAAGCGUUCAAGGAGAAACAUGAGGGUAUUCAUUUUAUCGUCAUGAAAGGUGAUACUGGUGUUGGAAAGUCUACUUUACUUCAAGAACUCAAAAACGUUGCCGUCUCGAAUUACAAUUUCUGCAUUUCUUGGUCAUAUAACUGCGCUGAUAUCAACGUGACACCUUACAAAUCAGGAAUAUCGGCUAUUCAAAGUAUUGUGAGACAAAUUUUAGCAUCUUCGAAGGAGAAUAUUGCUGAAUGGAGACACAAAUUCACUUCCGAAAUUGAUACUGACUUAAGUAUCCUUUAUUCAGCCAUUCCAGAGUUGAAGAUACUCUUAGGACCAAGAUAUCAGAGUAUCAGAAACUAUCGUCCCGCCCAACUGGAAAGUGACAGCUUGCUUGACGUUGGGACCGAGACUGACACAAGUGAACGUGUACUGGAUGAUAGCAACCCUAGGCUAGGAAAUUUGCCUGGCUUUGAUCAGCACUCAUUGAAUAUAGAGAUGAAACUCAAGUAUAUCAUCAAACGUGUUUGGUCUUUGGUUGGACCCAACGGCGUUACUCUCAUACUUGAUGAUAUUCAAUGGGCUAACCUAGAGGAAGUGUUUUUCUUAAAAGAGGUUUCCAGUUUCUGUACCUUGAAUGAGGAUCCUCUCAAUAUCAAGGUGGUUUGUGGAUACCGCACUGGUGAACCUUCUUCACAGAGGGAUGAGCCAAUUAUUCAUUACGAUGACUUGAUACAGCUGCUUGACCUUCCACUGUGCAAGCUAAGCGAGUUCGCUUUGGAAGCGCCGUCUGAAGCUCAUUAUGCUGAGUUUAUCGGAGAUAACAAUUUCGGGCCAGGUCGUUCACUUCCAACUGAGGAAGGUAAUUUUGUGACUACAUUGUAUAAGGCUACCGAUGGAAUCUUUCUUCGCUAUAACUAUCUCAUGAGGACCCUUCAUUUGCGAGCUCCAGACUCAGGUAUUAACCUUGACAUCAUGCAAGAUGUUUUGAACACAAAGCAGUUCCCCCUUCCGAUGGCAGAUAUAGUAGAUGAUUACCUCAAUAUUGCAAUCACGGAAGAUUCGAGAGAACUUUUAAAGUUUGCAGCUAUCAUAGCCUCAAACGGGUUCUUUAGCUUUGCCGAUUUAAUGAUUGUUACAGCCAAGUCGAUGAGUGAAGUCAGUGCACUCUUGUCAGAAUGUCUUGAGUCAAGAGUUCUUGUUCCAUCUGGAAUCUUUUAUAAAAUUCCUUUCCAUCUCAUAAGUAAGGAAGACUUUCCAUUCGAUUUCAGUGAUUCUAUGAUUUGGGAAAUGGCAACAAAGGCAAAGUAUCAUUUUGAUCACGAUGCUAUCCAGGUUCAUCUUUUAACCGAGUUAGAAAUUGCUGGUAAAUGGCAUAAUUACCAUAGAGUGAGUGGCUUACGGUAUCAAAAGAAGUUGUCAAGCGAUGUUAAUGUUGAUAUCACUAGCAACUUGGUUGUCGCUUACCAUUUGCUUCUCUCGGAACCGAAUGCAAGUGACAAGGAUCUGGACAGUUAUUAUGAAACUUUUAUCACUGGUGGCCGUUAUGCCCUUGCCACUUCUAAUCUUCCACUUGCGUUGAGAUUUUUCUCUUACUCGACGAGAUUUAUUGCGCCCAACGACAGGAGAAGUCAACUUCGAAACCUUCUUACCAUUUGUCAAGUGCAUUUCCAUAUUGGAAACUUCUCCGAAUGCGCUAGCCUAAUUCAGCAAGCAGAAGAGAAGUAUGGCUCUGAUAGCAAUAGCUUCUUGUACCUUAAAGUUAAGUGCUUGUUUCAUAUGAAGCAUUUCAGGAAGGGAAUGAGAACCAUAUUGAAAGGCCUUGAAUCGCUUGGCGUCGAAGUAUCUGGCGAUCCUCAGAAGUGUGAAGAGAUUGCGGAUAAGUUCAUUAAUCAAGCGCCUCUUUCAGUUGCAGAUAUAAGAGCAAUGAAGGAUCUUCGGCCGUCGAAUAAUCAAAGGUUUAAAUUUAUUGUUGACUUGAUUCUGGACGCCAUAACGCCAACAUAUAUUUUAGGAAUGUCACAUUUAAGGAUGGCGUUGUUGUCUCAGUUGAUUCGUCUUAUGAAUACGCAUGGUGUAACUGCAAACUGUGCUAUCCCUUUGAUCCAUCUUGCUAAUUACUUCGUUCAGCCGAAUGUGAGGAACAAUACAGCCAAAGCUAUUGAAUUAUGUGACGUGGCUUUGUCCUUCGUGAACAACUUUGGGGAUCAAGUACUGAGCUUACCAACGAAAUUUAUGAGACUCAAGUUUUCCGAAGGGUUCAACACUCAAGAUGCUUCACUCAUGAAACCAAGUGGCUCUUGCAUGACUGUAUUUGUCACAGCUUCAAACUUCCUUUUGUCUUUCUUGACAAAUUCAACACAUCCUUCAACAUUCAAGCAACUGAUGACUUUUGCAAACGACGAUGACAACAUGAUUUCACAGGGCGCUUUAGGUUUGUGGACAGAGGAUAUCAGCUAUAAAUCCUACAAAGAGAAGUAUACCAAGCUCACAGCUCAACAGAGACCAGAUUUGGAAUUUGUCUACUUGGCAAAUGCAGUUAUUUGGCUUACCUCAGAGGGAAGAUACAAAGAAGCGGCAGAAAUUGUUUUGGACCGUUGUUAUCAUGUCCUGAGGAGAUUGCCUAUUUCGAUAUUUCACUUGGAGUUUUACUUUUACGCUGGCGUCUCAUUAUGCUUGGGUGCUGAUUCUAUGCCUGGUACAGCAUCCCUAGCAUUGGCAGCAAAGAUAUUGAGGAUGUUUGACCUAUGGUCCGACGUUUGUCCUCCUAACUUCGAAACGAAAUUGGCCAUCCUCACCGCUUGUUACAGUUGUACCCAAAAGAAUAGGUCAUCUUUGACCAUUCUUGAUAACUUUGAGGUCGCUAUAGAUGCCGCAAAUAAAGCUACUCGUUGGAUAGAGGCCUGUUUGGCAAAUUACUUAUGUGCUAGAUGGCUAGUCAAGACCUCAGAAAGUAAGAAAAGGAUAACUUAUUACGCCCAAAAUGCCCUUUCUAUCGCAGCAACACUUAAGGCCGAUAGGCAAGUUACACGGUUGCAAAAUGAAUUCUCUUCGGCUUUUGACAGCUUCAAUUGGGCCGGAGUUUCAGUCUUCUCUGAUGGCCCGCAAGCCAACCAGAGAUUGCCACAUCUGCUUAAUGAUCAGCUUCAGCACAUCUUUGCGGAAAGUAAAUACCGUGGCAACGCCCCUCCACCACUUCCAAGGCAGGAAAGUAACGCUAGUGUGAAUGGUAACCAGGAGCCCAACUUGAUGCUCAGAGGUUCUACGAACGACUUACCUACACAAUCUGAGCUUACAAAAGCAAUCAAGCUUUGCUUGACGAUUUCAGAAUCUUCGGAUAUUGAUUCUAUUGUUACCAGCUUACUUGAAAGUGCCAUUCUUUUCUCGAAUGUUGAUUAUGGUGCCAUUGUUCUCAACCUCAAUCUGACUGAGCCAAUCAUCAAAGCCAUUGGAACGUUGAACAACUUGUACAAGUUUGAUGAUGAGCCACUAGGAUUCAGAACGGACUUGGUUCCUUAUUCCGUCAUCGUUCAUUCUUUACUUAUGGGCGAAGCGAUAAAUAAGGACGAGAAUCCGGCGCUUUUCGAUUCAAAGUUCGGUUCAGACCAUUACUACCUUCACAACCCUUGUUCAUCUGCACUUUGCAUUCCUAUAAAGAGUUCGACUGUACUUGGUGCAAUCUAUUUGGAAAGACAUGCUUUACCAAAUGAAGUUCCGCAGAGCGCUCCUCAUUUCCAUUCCAGAAAGAUUGACUUGAUUGACUUGCUUUGUUCCCAGGCAGCUGUAUCUUUCAGCAAGUCUUUGGUUUAUUCUCAGAUGGAACUUGCUAAGAAAGCUGCUGAAGAUGCAACAGCAGAGAAAGCUAGUUUCUUGGCCAACAUGUCUCACGAGAUCAGGACUCCGUUCAAUUCGCUUUUUGCAUGUUCGCUCUUCUUGUUGGACACCUCCUUGACCGAUGCUCAGAGAGAAUAUGUGGAAACUAUUAAGAGCUCUGCUCUCGUCACUCUCAGUAUCAUUGACGGUAUCCUUGCAUUCAGUAAGAUCGAGCAUGGCUCCUUCAACUUGGAUUGUGCUCCAUUUGAUUUGAACUCGUGUGUGGAAAGUGCAAUUCAAGUAACUAGUGAGCAGACUAGCAACGAAAAUCUCGAGAUUGUCUUCUACAAUAAUUGUCCAAAUAUUGUUGAAGUACUUGGUGACAGUACCAGGGUUCGUCAGAUCAUCAUCAAUUUGGUGGGUAAUGCCGUCAAGUUUACCAUGGAAGGCUACAUCAAGAUAAGUUUAGAAUCAAAGCAUAUCAGUGAAAACAGAUAUGAUCUCAAGCUUACAGUCGAGGACACUGGUAUCGGAAUUCCUGCCAAUUCCAAGUCGAAGGUCUUUGGUGCCUUCUCUCAAGUGGACGGUUCAUCGCGUCGUGUCCAUGGUGGCUCUGGUCUCGGUCUUGCCAUCUCCAAAAAGUUAGUCGAUAUCAUGAAUGGAUCUAUCCAUUUUGAAAGUGUUGAAGGUGCUGGAACUACAUUUUACUUUACCUGUCCUUUCGAAGUUAGCAAAAUCGAGGAACAUAUUGACAUUAAACGUCAGAAGGUUGCGCUUGUCGCUGGUGAUUGCUUACGCAGAGAUGCCUUUUCUAAGCAGCUUACUUAUCUUAACGCUGACCUUCUGAGUUUUAAUAAGGCGGAAGAUUUCAAUGAGCUGCCACUCGGCUACGAUAUUGUUUUUGUCCAUGACAGUUACUUAAGUCAACUCAGCAAGUCCAUUGAAAAGCUCAAAGGAACGGCUACUCACAUUCAUCUCAUCACUGAAUUCGGGACACCGGUGUCUCAUCUCAACCUUCAAGAGCUAGGCAUCAGUUCUAUUCUCUUUGCGCCUAUGAGAAGAUCGAGAGUUGAAGAAAUUUUGAGAGGGAGUUAUCAAGAGCCUGGCCAGGUGAAGCCCAAGCAGCAGGGCACUGGUUCAACGCCUAUAUUGGGAGAAACGUAUCCCCUCAGAAUAUUACUAGCUGAAGAUAAUGCUAUUAACUUGCGUGUUGCCCUGCAGCAUUUGAAGAAGUUGGGUUAUGUCGCUGACCAUGCCAAGGAUGGUGUUGAAGUUCUCGAAAAGUGUGAUGCCAUGCUAGAAUCUGGAGGAAAAUAUGACGUUAUAUUCAUGGAUAUCCAAAUGCCUAGGAAAGAUGGUAUCACAGCAACGAUUGAACUUAAAGAGACCUUUAUUAUCGGAGGACAUGUCAAUUCGUUACCUGAAAUCGUUGCACUCACGGCUAAUGUUGCAGGUGAGGACCGUGACAAGUGCCUCAAUUGUGGAAUGACAGACUUCAUUUCAAAACCUAUUCUUCCGGAAGAGCUUAGAAGAGUACUUACGAGGAUAGGCAUGCAAAAAAAAGCAUUACAAUGA